UUUGGGGGAACCGGAAGUAGCCAGUCACACAGGUCAUAGAUGGUUUUCUGUUUCAUUUUUGCUUUUUGGUGUAUAAAGUUGGUAAUGAGAAUAACUCAUAGUGAAAUCCGAUUAUGGCGUUUACUGAUGUAGAAGAAGAGUCUCCUUGUUGUGACGCUGAUAAAUCCAAUUCUUUGUUGCCGACUGCCCGGUGCGGUUGUUUUCGGCUAUCGUGUUUUGGAUCCCGUCGUGUAGCCACUGUUGGACCAUCGUGGUGGGAGCGGAUUAGGGCAUCGCAAGUUCAUAACGAGGGACGGUGGUGGACCAGAGGGGUUAGGGUUCUUUUGAAGCUCCGUGAGUGGUCGGAGAUUGUUGCUGGACCGAGAUGGAAGACUUUCAUUCGUCGAUUUAAUCGGAAUCGGAGUGGUGGUUGUGGUGGUUGUGGUAGUGGUGGUGGUGGUGGAAGUGGUGUUAGGGCUGGGAAAUUUCAAUAUGAUCCCUUGAGUUACGCUAUGAAUUUCGAUGAAGGUUCGAGACAGAUUGGUGAAUUGGAUGAUGAUAUAGAUGAUUUCAAUGGUUAUCGAAACUUCUCUGCUCGUUAUGCUUCGAUUCCGGCGCCGUUGAAGACGGGAGGAACUAAGAAUGUUUCUGCCGUCGCGUAAAGGUGCGCUGUGUUUAAUAAAAUACGCCGUGUUUAGUGUUGUUAUUGUCCACACAUUUGGGCUGGCUGACAUCACCGCCGCCACCGCCGCCACCACCACCUCCUCCGUUAGAUUUUUCUUGUUUUCUUUUUUAAUUCUCAAAAGUAAAUACAUGUUUGAGUUAAUUUUGGACUUUCCUUUCUCUUUCUUCCUUAUGGUAUUGGUGGCACAUCAGGAUCAAUGUACAAUACGAUAAGAGUGGGUCUUUUUCUUUAAAAAACUAUUCUUUUACAUUAAAUUAUAUCCUAAUAGUAUAUAAUAAUACUGAUUGGGGGA